UUGGGCGGUUGGCUCCCGCCGCGGCCCUUCCUGGUGUUGGGGGCGCCAUGGCGCUGCCCUGGCUGCAGCGCUUCGAGCUCUUGCUCUUCACCGCCGCCUUCCUGUGCGGGGCCGUGGCGGCCGCGACGCUAACCCGGACCCAGGGCUCCUUCAGUGGCCGCUGUCCCCUGUAUGGUGUGGCCGCCCUGAAUGGCUCCUCCCCGGCCUUAGCCCAACCCUCGGCCCCAUCCCUCUGCUACUUUGUGGCAGGGGUGUCUGGCCUCCUGGCCCUCUACUGUCUCCUGCUUCUGCUCUUCUGGGUCUACAGCAGCUGCAUCGAGGACUCCCACAGAGGUCCCAUAGGGCUCCGCAUUGCACUGGUCAUCUCAGCUACAGCCAUCUUCCUGGUCUUAGUGGCUGCCUGUAUUCUUCGAUUUGGCACCCGUUCUCUCUGCAAAUCCAUCAUCUCCUUGAACAUUACAAUUAGCUGCUCUGAAGCUCAGAAAAUUCCAUGGACACCUCCUGGAACCGCCCUGCAGUUUUACUCCAACCUACACAAUGCUGAAACCUCUUCUUGGGUGAAUCUGGUAUUGUGGUGUGUGGUCUUGGUGCUUCAGGUGGUGCAGUGGAAGUCCGAAGCGGCCCCAUACCGGCCUCUGGAGCGGGGCGACCCUGAAUGGAGCUCUGAGACAGAUGCUCUCGUUGGGCCACGCCUUUCCCGUUCCUGAAGAGUGACCAAAGAAUGCUUCCUGCCGCCAAAGACUCUGUGCCCAAGUGCCUACAAUCCUGUUGCCCCUUCAUGGCCCUGUUUAUGCUGGGAGCCUGUUUUCCCUCCACGAGGGAAACAUGAUGAUAGGCCCCCUCCACCUCUCUUCCUACAGCUGUUUUUGUACCAGAAUAUUAUAUUACUUUCUUCCUUCAUCUUGUUACGGAGUUCUUGGUGUUAAAGCACUGUAGGCAGGUGGAUGGGAAGACAGAACUAAACAGACAUGGAACAAAAGUCAGAGGUUCUCUCCCUUGCCCUUGGGAUGACUGAUCUUUUAUUUGCUGUUCAUGAACCCUGGGCCCCCUUGUGUCCUGCCCUUGGUUGUCACCCCAUCUCCAAGGUUCGGUUUUUAUUCCCCUCUGGGAGAGGUGAGCGACCCAAGGUGGUUUCUUCACAAGCUGCGGUAGGCACCCACAGUAUUGUCAAAGAGUUUUGUGUUGGGGAAAUGUCCAGCUUUGUCCAAGAGGAAGUAGAAGCGCCGGCCUUUGAUCUUCAAAGGCAACAUAGCAGGGACUUCACCACGGUGGGCCAUGCAGGAUACCUGGUUCAAAGGGACGGUGAAAUGAGCACCCAAGCCAAAGGGGGCAUGAGUGGUGAGGGUCACCUGCUUCCCUCCAGCCUGCAGCAUCACUGAACGCACAGAACGGAGGGAGAAGAGAAGACCAGCGCCAAGUACCAGGGUACCUGCAGGAAGACCAAAGUUUGGGGUGAGGGGUUUUUGCUGAGGAGCUAGGCGGCAACCUUUCCAGUGGCCCAGAAUUUUAAAAAUUGUGAUGAUAGUAACAUUUACCG